AUGUCAUCAGCUGUAAGAGGAGCUGCCGUGCAGCUAGUAAAGACGAUAGAGAAGCUACCGGCUGAGCGUAUGAAACACAUGGUGUCAUUGAAAGAGUCUCAGUUAGAAAGGUUCAAGCCUGUCGCUGGACUGGAGGCUGGCGCGCACGGAUCAAAGCAAAAGCCCACUCUCCAGGAGAUUAAAGAUAUUAUCAGCAGAACCUCGGGGCCCCUCGGACUACAGAAGGAGGCUUUGAAAAAGGUCCAGGAGGCGUUUCCUCAGGAACAGUAUACCGCGGAAGCGAUUCAAGAACAAACAAAGUCCCUUAAUAACAUUUUGAGUAACAAAUACAGAGACUACUAUGCUGUCGGCGACAAACUUCUGAAGCCACAAGGUAAUCCGGCUUACUAUCAGAGGCUAAUGGAUGAAAUUGAAGGCAAGAAGAAGGAAACGUUCUGGACUGCUAUGAGAACAGUGGUUUUAGGCAAAUAA